GGCAUUACAGGACGCAGUGGAUUAGUAUGAAAAGUUUAUUUAGGGUGUCUGUGUGUACCAGCGCACUAAAGGAUACUGUAAAUCCUGAAAUACUCGUGCAACAAGGCUUUAGGCUUCCUCUGUCAUGCAAAACUUACAUGCUUCAAACUCCUGCUGAAAGCUCUAAGGUUUCUAGUUGACCUUGUGGAAGUUUAGAGAACAUCUGACAGGCAGACAUCAUUCAGGGAUCACCUUAUUUUCCAACACUAUGGCCAAUCAUCACAACCACAAAAUACCUGGAGAUAUCUACAGGACGUACGACAGUGUGCCAGAAGAUAUACCAAAGGUCAAAGGAUAUGACUUUAACAAGGGGGUGGACCAUAGUGCACUGCUGCAGACAUACCUCAACACAGGCCUACAGGCCACCAGGGUGGGGCUGGCUAUCCAGCAGAUCAAUGCCAUGCUGGAGAAGAGACAAACACCGAUGACGGUGCAGAACGGAUACGCUGAUGAAGACCCGACAUCCUGCCCCUGCUUACAGAGCUGCACCAUCUUCCUCAGCUACACGUCAAACCUCAUCAGCAGCGGCGUCAGAGAGAGCAUCCGCUAUGUGACUGAACACAGGAUGGUGGAUGUGAUAGCGACCUCAGCUGGUGGGAUAGAGGAGGACCUGAUUAAGUGUUUGGGUCCGGUUUAUGUUGGAGACUUCGACAUGCCAGGAGGAGAACUGUAUAAAAAAGGUCUAAACAGGAAUGGAAACACCCUGAUGCCAGAGGAAAACUACAUCAAAUUUGACAAAUGGAUGAUGCCGAUUUUGAAGCAGAUGCUGCUGGAGCAGAACACUCAGGGCGUUCGCUGGACUCCAUCAAAGGUGAUUCAUCGCCUGGGCAAAGAGAUCAAUGAUCCUGAAUCUGUGUGUUACUGGGCCUACAAGAAUAACAUCCCGGUGUUCAGCCCAGCGCUGACAGAUGGCGCUAUAGGAGACAUGUUCUUCCUCUUCUCGUUAGAGAACUCUGGACUGAUAUUAGACUUAAUUGAAGACAUUAAAAGGCUGAACAAACUCACUGUGGCUGCCAACAGCACAGGGAUGAUCCUCCUGGGAGGUGGUGUGGCCAAACAUCACAUAUGCAACGCCAAUUCAUGGAGAGAUGGAGCGGACUACGCCGUGUACGUAAACACGGCUCAGGAAUUUGAUGGCUGUGACUCUGGAGCGAGCCCUGAUGAAGCCAAGUCCUGGGGAAAGAUCAGAUCGAACGCACAACCGGUGAAGGUGUUUGCAGAUGCGUCCAUCGUUUUUCCCUUGCUGGUGGCGGAGACGUUUGCACGUCAUGUUAAUAAGACAGCGAAAUGAAAAUAGAGGAACUGAUUUCUGUUUAAACUGAAAUGUUCAGUCACUAUACGAUGCAACAAAACAUAAAAGUGUAGUUAAGAUAUGACCGAGUCAUAUGAAUGAAAACGUGAAUGUGCAAGUGAUGAUUUGAGAAGUGUUUGAAAAUGAAAAGGUAGAAUUAUUAACUGGUUUAUCCAGGUCACAGAAAAACAAUCUUUAAACUCAAAUAUCUAAGAAAUAAAGACUGAUGUAUUAUGAUGUAUGGAAGCUCUAUGCUGACAUGCAUCUAUGCACUUCAUUUUUUCUGUUUUACCCUCGGUGCUGAUUUAAAGAAAAAUUAUUCUUAUUCUAAUUCACAAUCAUCUAAAAUGUCCGCAUUAAAACCUGAUCUUAUUUGAAGAUAUGAAAGCAGAAAAUAAGACCCUGAUCUGCCAAUAAAAAGCCCUAGAGACAUUUUGUGUCAUUAAUUUUUUAAGCCAAUUUGGCUGUGUUGAAUGAAAAUAGCUCAAAAUUGCCAGAGGACAUUCAUUAAAAUACAUUAGAUUUAUCAUCUCAGUUCUAUAAAUUAGCCUGAAAUGGCUAAGCUACACAGAAACCGACACAUUUGUUCCUAAGGACAGAAAAUGCCUCAUUGGAAACCAUUGAAAAUGACAUUUUUGACCCCACAUUUAUCUUAACAUACACUAAUGCAUUCUUUUAUGAUAAGAUUUUAUUUUGGACUACUAGCUUUCAAUUUUUAUGUUUGUCCACCUGAUGGCAGUAUUUCUUUCCCAUUCAAAGCAUGCUGCAAAAUUUCACACUUUUUGCUCUUCUCGCAGAGUUUCCUUGCUACUAAAAUGAGAAGUGUGUUUCAGUAUUGAUGUUGAAAAAGUGAGCAUGUGUGUGUUUUAUUUACAUUUUAGUUUUUUCCUAUUUAAAACAGUGGAGUUGUGCAAAAAUACUGGCCUUUAAAAGGUUAAAAUUCCAAAAAUAUAAUUAAUAUUUGAUAUGUAUAUUUCAGGCAUAAUAUAUAAUACAUAUAUAAUAUAUAAACUUUUACAAACAAAAACUUUUGUCCACAGUUUUUGGGAAGUGAACAUUAUUGUCAUUUGUGUCUUGACAUGAAAUGUACUCUCAAAAUACUCAAGACUCUGAAAGUCAAAUUUGCUUGUUUCAGUGGCAGAUAUUUUCCUUGAUUAUAAUCAGCUAAAGCAUUUUCCCUUUGAUAUCAUGAAAAUAUACAUUUGUCAUAUCUUUGAAUGCAGAUUGAAAAAAAAAAUGCUGCGAAAAAUCUUUGAUCAGAAAUAAAAUAAUAAAUUGCU